UGAAGAACCAGCGAACCAGUGCACGGAGCGCAGCUUCUCAGAGGCACCCCGGCUGGACACGGGGAGAGGAGGCUGCCUCCCCAGACGCCCAGUCUUCUGGGCUGGGCUUUCCCCGCCUUCCUUUUGCUGUUUCACUCAGCCGCUCUCCUGCUGAUCUCUGGAUUUUACCGGCUGUCCAGCAAACAGCUUGACACACCAUGGGUGUCCGCGUCCUCGGGUGGCGAGUGCUCCUGGUCUGACCCGGCAGACUUUACUCCGCAGCAGAAGGAUUCUCUGAUACAUUUCCUACAGCAAGGGAAAGAAAUCACCAUGAAGGAAAAUGAGACACCCACAGUGGUUUUCAUCUUGCUACUUUUUCUCAACAUCAGACUUCUGAAUGGAGCGUCACCUCCUGGAAAACCUGUCAUUGUUAAAUGUCGUUCUCCUGAAAAGGAAACAUUCACAUGCUGGUGGAAGCCGGGCAGCAAUGGAGGACUUCCCACCAAUUACACGCUGACUUACUACAAGGAAGGAGAGAAUAUCAUCUAUGAGUGUCCUGACUACACUACUGGUGGUCCCAACUCCUGUUUCUUUAGUAGGAAGUACACCACCAUAUGGACAAUAUACGUCAUGAGAGUAAAUGCUACUAAUAAAAUGGGAAACACUGCCUCAGAUGUACGUUUUGUGGAUGUGACUUACAUAGUUGAACCAAACGCACCCCAGAAUGUGACUUUGGAAAUAAAAAAGUCACAAGACAGAGAGGCAUAUCUAUGGAUAAAAUGGCUCGCACCCACCCUGGUCGACACAAGGUCUGGUUGGCUCAUACUCCAGUAUGAAAUUCGAUUAAAACCUGAGAAGGCGACUGAGUGGGAGACACAUUAUGCAGGGCAUCAGACAAAUUUCAAGAUUCUCAACUUAUCCCCAGGACAAAAGUACUUUGUCCAGGUUCGCUGCAAGCCAGAUCAUGGAUUCUGGAGUCAGUGGAGCCAAGAGAAAUCCAUUAAAAUUCCUGGUGAUGCCAACAUGAACGUGACUGUAUGGAUCUUUGUAGCUGUUCUUUCUGUCGUCAUCUGUUUGGUUAUAUUCUGGAGAGUGGCUUUAAACGGGUACAGAGUGAUGACCUGCAUCUUUCCACCAAUUCCUGGGCCAAAAAUAAAGGGAUUGGAUACCCGUCUGCUAGAGAAGGGCAAGACUGAGGAACUCUUGAGUGCCUUCGGAUGCCAAGACUUCCCCCCAACUUCUGACUGUGAGGACUUGCUGGUGGAGUUCUUAGAAGUAGAUGACUCUGAGGACCAGCAACUAAUGCCAGAUUUGCCAAAAAAAUACCCAGGUCAAGGUGUAAAAUCCCAAAAUCCAGAUCCCGAUAAUGACUCUGGCCAUGGAAGUUGUGACAGCCCUUCCCUUUUGUCUGAAAAGUGUGAGACACCCUGGCUCAAUCCUACCACUUUUCAUAAUUCUGAGGUCACUGGGAAGCUAGAUUAUGUGGAAGCAAAUAUUACUUGCACCUGGGACCCCCAGACCAUAAGCACACAAGACAAAAUCCUUCACUUCCAUGCUAAUGGAUUAAGAUCAUCAACCGGGCCUUUGCCACAGCCUACCCAGGACAAUCCCAGGUCUCCUUACCACAGCAUUGCUGAAGUAUGUAAGCUUGUCAUGGGCCCCAAUGCUGCACUGGCCACUGCGUUAGACAAUCCAGGCAGAGAUGCUUUGAAAUUCUGUAAACCCAAUGAAACUGAAGGGGAGGAAAAGGCAAUUGGGCAGAUGGAGGUGGAAAGUUUCCCUUCUACGACUGAGCAAGAGGCAGCAUGGCUGCUGCCCCAGGAAAAGCCCUCUGUCAUCCCUACUCAAGCCCUGGAUUAUGUGGAGAUUCAUAAGGUCAACAGAGAUGGAGCACUGUCAUUGACCCUGAAACAGAAAGAAAGCAGUGACCAGACAGAGAAUCCAUGGGCUCCCAAAAUGAGUAAAGAAUAUGCUAAGGUGGCCAAAGUUACAGAUAACAACACCCUAGUGUUAGUGCCUGAUCCAAGAGCUCAGAACAAGGAGGUUCCACUACCACUUCAGCACAAUCAAGCUGAAAAAGACAUGGGCUGCUCCACUGCCACACCAAGCAACUGUAGACUCCAGGGCGGUUUGGAGUACCUGGAUCCUACGAGAUUCAUGCGCUCCUAUCAUGGGCAGCUUGACUAACAAAAUGAUCGAUGAAAAUGUGAUUUUUCUUCAGGUAACACUACAGAGUUAUGAACAACAGUCUGCUAGCCAGUGUCCCAGAAUGUGGGUAGAAUAGCACAGCUCCACUCCUUUUCAUGCUCCAUGUCCAACCACUAGCCUCUUUCUUCGACAGCUGAUUUCCAGAACAAAUCACUUUGUGUCUAUGAUAUGUAGAUUUCCUUUUUUCUAUUAGUUAUAAAAAUCAUGUGUUCCAUGAAAUAAAAGCAUGUUGCUUAGUAUUCUUGAGGGACUCUCCCAAUAAUAUAUUUCCCAAUAUAUCCUCUGGGAAAGGCUUUCAUGGCUUGUUGUGUGUGUCAGAAGGAAAUGAGGAGAUCAAAAUGGUUUUUGCACAGAAAGGUGACAGAUGAACAGAAAACGAAAACCAGUUUUGAAAAUCAGACCUAACUUUUACACUACUUUUACAUUUUAUUAGGAUUGUCCAAAUGAAACACACUUAAUAAAAAUGCAUUCCAGAACAACUGACAAUUUUGUUUACACCAAUUCCUAUACCUUACUAACACAUUGCUGAUAUGCAAGUAAAAUGACAACCCUAAUUAUUUCCUUAAAGUAGUUUGAAAGUGUCAAGCAUGAGUUUUCCCCCUAAAUUUUAUUUCAUUCCAAAGUCCCUAGAGAACAUAGCUUUGGCAAGUAAGAUUCUCUUACACCAGAGGAAAAUGAAGUUCAUAUGGAGAAUCCUUUUAGGAUGUUUACCUGUUUCAGCGGGAGGUAGAGGUCAGUGGCAUGAGUGUGUGCCUGGCAAGCGCAAGGUCGUGAGUUUAAUCCCUGGGGAAUAAAAGGGAUGUUUACCUGUUGCAUUUCAGAAGAACAGAUAAUUUAUUAUAUACCCUAGUAUUUUUGCUAACUGAAAAAAAUUCUCAAAAGAUGAACUUUAAAAGAAUCACAGCAGGAUGUCCAUUGCCUUACUGUACAUACAAAUCCAACUUUAAUAUGAACCCAUAAGCUUAGCAACCUAUUUUUGAAGACUAUUUUUCUAUUUCUUAGGUAAAAUAAAGGACUAUUUUCUACUACCCAGUACUGCUCUUUAUGUAUUCAGUGGAUACAGUACUUGCUGCUACAAGGUUACAGUGAGCAUUUACAGUGCAUAUACAGUCCUUAUUUGUGGAGUAAAAUGCCAUACAGAAUAGAUGAUGAAAUUCAGUUCCCAACACAAUGGAAUAUAUCCUUUGAUUCUUUUGAUGCCCAGGGUAAUUUAAGCAGCAACCACUAACACAAACCUAGGAUUUUAGGGCUUGCCACAGACCAGAAAUGGGUUUUUUUGUGGCUGUAGGGCUAUUCUAGGGCUUCAGCCCAUCAGCAAGUGCAUUUUCAUAAAGCCUCCGUAGAAGAGGACAGUGCGAUUUCUAACACCUGUUAGGUUCUGUUUCGUUUUUUCUGAGCAAUCUUGGACAGCAGAAGAAUUUUUAGAAAAAUCAGAAGUCAGUAUCUCUCUGAAAUAUAUCUAUUUGCAAAACGUUAGCAGAAGUAGAUACAAUACUCAUAUCAGAAACAUGCAACUAAAAGGUCAAGGAAAGCAAACAUCCAUAGAACAACAUUAACAACUCCAAAAUGCAAGAUAUGGUGGUGGGACUCUGUACAACAGUCCAGGGAUUGGCUCCUUGAGAGGGAUCAAAGCUUGGCUCUCCAUUUGAAUGGGAGCCCCCAUUACUUAUCUACUGCUCAGACUGCCUCCUUAUAUUUUUCAUUUCAUUUCUUGACAAAUCCAUUCUCUUUUUAUUCACUAACUAGGCAUAGAGAACUUGAGCUCACUCUGCGAAUUAAAUAUUCAGUUCCAUAUUGAUAAGAAAUGGAUACAGAUGUUUCCUGAUGAUUGCAAGUGAAUACUUUGCCAGUGCUUUCUGAAUAGUAAAGGAUCUGAAACCAUAUUUUUUCAGUACAGUAUAUUACAACAUAUUGUAUGUGAAGGAAGCACAAAGUUUUCCAUGAUCCGUCAAUGCUCUAUAUCAUCAAUACUCAGUGUCUGAGAAGCAACUGUGUGGGUUUCACCUGCCACUGUUUGAAAAAUUUGUUUGCCAGAUCUCGUACUCCAGGCCAGAUCUACAAACUCAGCAUCUGUGCUUAAGAUCUAGAUGAUCCCUGUGCACACGGAAGCCUAAGAAGCGCUGUCCUGGAGGAGCAUGUCCACUAAAGGUCAUCUUUGUGCAUGCAAACAGUCCUCUACGGAAAGAACAGAUCAAGUCUGUGUAACUUACAGUGAACAACCCUGUCUGUAAGAGGAAGGCCAGCAAAAUCAUCUGUGCUUUAAAACAUACAAAAUGGUAUUUUGUUUAUAUCAAUAUGGUCAGAAUUGUAUGUCUGUACACAUAUAUAUUACAUAUAUAUGUCUUAUAAUUCUAAAACAAAAAUAAUCUGACUGACAUAUUUUACAUAUAUGAAGAUUAUUUUGACUGCCUAAAGAUUCUAACUAAAUCUCAAAAAUCACCAAUUAAUAGUCAUUAAAGUAAAAAUUGCAAUCUCAUCAAUGUUAUGAUUAACUAUCACUCUGUGAGGGGUUUUUUUGUGAGGGUUUUUUUAUGACCUAAAAUAUUUUCUAUUAAGGAGACAGUUGUUUGUAUGGAAGAAUGUAUACUAGGGUUGAAAAGGCCUGGAUUCUAGUCCUAAGUGUUUUACCCUGGAGAGACUAAUUCCUUUCUCUUGCUCUGCUUCCUCUGAAGAAAACAUUGGAAACAAUAAUCUCUAAGAUCUUUUUAAACUCUGUCUUGCUUCUGUGACUCACUAAAUAUUUUCCUAUAAAGAUAAUUCAAACCAAUGCCUUUAUCUUAAUUAAGCUGUCAAAUAAUUGAAAUAAUUGCUCUUCACUGUGGAAAUACAGAGUAAUCAUCAGUGAUAUGCCUGCCAUAUUUCUCUUUUUAAAUCAUCAGCUGUGGUUGGUCUUUCUAUAUUUCACACGCAUUUUAUAAGUCAUGCAGGCACAGAGCCAUAGUCUAAGAUUUGUGCAAAUGCACAUGCAGAGAUGAGAGGCUCAGGAUAGAAAGGAGAUGUACAAGAAGACACAACGACUUUGACUGGCCUUUAAUGGAAGCAAGUCUUGUUUACUCCUUACUUAGUCAGCAGCCUCAAACCUUUUUUCUUAUACCUGGACAUUGACUAUAAUUCAUAAAUAACCAUUUCCCAAGUGGCUUUGGAAGCCUUAUGUUCCGAGUUAUGGAAAUUCAUACUUUUAUAGACAAAUCAUUAAAUAUUUAAGCCACAAAGCACAUGGAACCUGGGUAUAGUCAAUGAAAGAUUUCCAACAGUUUAUGAUUCGAAUGGCAAAACAUUCUCUGACAAAAGGCACCCUAACAUGAGCACAAGUUACUACUAGCCCUAUCACAAAUUUUCAUACAUGUUCAAUUUUCCUAAGUGCCUAAGACCAAAUCCUGAUGGCCACGUAUGGGCUAAAGAUUCAAACUGAUUUGAAACAAUAAUCUCUAAGAUCUGAUUUGGUCUGAAGAGAUAGAUUUCUUACUGUCUAUAUAAGAUCAAAGAAGUUCGACUCCCCGCCCUGUGAUGGCCCAACUGAAAUGGUGAAUCCUGAGUUAAUGAGCAACUGGAAGCACCUGAGUUCCAAGUCGAAGUUCAUCUCUGGAGGAAAUCUGGCUUUCUCUUUUCUGAGCUUCCCUCUGCUGCCCAGCAUUUGCAGAAAGAACUGGCCCUGCCUUUAGUUACUUCCCUAUUUCUCUAGAGUAGAUAAGAAAGAAACAAAUUUGUAUGUUUUUUAAGAAGUGCCUUUACUUUUUAAAAAGUUUUCAUUUAGCAAGAAAAUUAUAUGGAGUGGAAAGUAAUAUAUACCUAAUAUGAAUUUCUUUUAAAGUGAAUUGAGAAAUGUAAAAAGAAAGGCCAAAAAGAGAAUGCUAAAAUGGUCUAAGGACUAACCAGCACAAUGUCUACUGGUUUUGUAUAUUGAUUAGUUGAAUUACCAUCCAGUUAAUGUGAAUAGUAGAACUUAAUCUAUCUGAUAAGAAACUGAAUUUCGCUAUGAUUUGAGAAUAAAUCUACCACUCUAUUAUUCUAGCUUCUCCAUUUAAGAACAUUGAUGAACUUUUAAAUGCUAUUGAAUUGUACAUCAGUGCCUGAAAAAGACAAUUGUACACUUUGAAACUUUGCACCCAGAUGGAAAAAUAUUAAUGACUGAACCACCAUUCUAGCACUGCUAACAUAGAUUGGCCAUUGAUAACGCCUUUUGUGUACUUCAGUGAAAUGGGCAAAUCUCCAUUUCUGCCCUUUAGACUCAAGCACAAUAUUGUUGUAAGAUAGUGAUUGAAUACUCAACACUCAGCUCUGGAUCACAUCACUGUCCAUAAGUAGGCUAGAUGACCUUGCUUGAGUUCUUUAAAUCAUUUUUACAGCUUUCUCAUUUGCUAAAGAAUAGAAUUGGCCAAAAUGCUGCUACCAUCUCCAGCUCUGUCUUUAAUUCUCUUCAUCCGGGUAAUCCGUAACUUAAGUUGAAGGCCUAGAUGCCAUCUUUCGCUGUCACGUUCUUAACCUAGCCAGUGAAGUGCUGACUCAGUGUGUCUGCAUAAAAUGUAUCAGGGAAAAACAGGUUCAUUUCGUAAGGUCCAAUAAAUUUAACAUCUUCAUUUCCCCUUUUCUUUCUUAGUUUACAUACAUUGUAUGUUGUCACUGCCUCUCUUCUCCUACAGGCAAUCAUCAAAUCCACAACACACAAAAUUAUUUAUUAACAAUUAUUGUGGCCCUGCAAAGAACUAGUCAAAUGUUAAGUCAGGCAUGCAGAUAUCCAAGCCCAAGCUGAGGUCACAAGUGCACCCCAUUUAGAGAUAUGUAUGAGUAAAGAUUUGAGCCCGUGUUCAUUAUUUACUUAAUUCAAGGGCCAUCAAUAAAUCCAAGCUAUCUUAUUGACUAGACACUAGAAAUCUUAAGAAGAAAUAAAAGUUUGGAGUGAUUGCUUUAGAGCUUAU